AUGGCGACGCGGAAGAUAGAGAGGGAAAACGAGCGAAGAGAAGGUGAGGCUGAAGAGAUUGGGUUCGUAGUCUAUAUCUGCGCUUUCGAUGAAGAGGAGAUCAGUGGAGAGAAAGAGCGCGACCCUCGCACAAUGCAGGGGUGUUUUGUCGUCAUCAUGCGUAAUGAAAAACCCGCAGCACCUACAGUCGGCUGCUUUUCCCGUCCAGUAGCCUAUCAACCGGCGUUUAGCUUUGGUUGGUUCGACCUGUCUUAA